AUGACGUCUGUGCCCACGAUGCCAAGCAAGCGUACGGAAGUCCUGGUGGAAAAGGGUAAUUACUACCGCUGGGAGUUCAAUAAGAUGUUGAUCCUGGCGAGGAAGGAUCUUCUAAAGCAUGUCACGGCCGUCAAGGAUGAGAGCGAUAUCACAGCGACGCGUUUUAUGAACGAAGCCAAGGCAUUGGGUAUUAUUGCGCAAGGCCCAACAUCAAUCAAGAUACGGCCGGCCAAGAAUGUCAUGGAGGCAUGGGAAACGCUAUGUGGUUAUUACUAUCGCUUAAACUCUGCACAAUCGCGUAGCGAUGACGCAAUGACUUACGACUUAUGUGUAGAAAGCGGUACUAGCAUGGCGGAAUAUAUCGACACUUUUGACGAGCUACUUGGGGGUCUUCAGAAAAUGAAAGAGCAAGUUGAUGAAUCAUGGAAGCUGCGCGGAAAGGAGACAACGGAUAAAGCUUUCCGCGUAAAUGCUAAUUCUGGAAAUUUCGGAAGCUGA